AUGACAUCAAGUUGUCCCUCCGCAUGUGGCACUGGCGUGGGCGGGGUUGGUGGCUCAGGUGGUGAGGGGAGUGGACUAAUUGCAUCGGGCGGCAGCGGUAUGAUGUCUUCCGGUGGUGGUGGCGUGAUAGGUUCAAGUGGUGGUGGUAUGACUGGUUUUGGUGGUGGUGGCAACAAUGGCAUGAUUGGCACAAUUGGUGGCGAAGGCAAUGGUUUGAUUGGUUUCGCUGGUGGCACCGGCGGAGGUACGAUUGGUACAGGUGUUGGUACUGGUGGUGGUGGAGAGGGAAGUGGUACGGUAGGUCCCGGCUGCAACGGUGGUGGCAUGAUUGGUAGUGGUGGAGGGUUAAUUGGAGAGGGAGGCGGGAGUAUCUUAGGGUCCGCUGUGGCUGGUGUAACUGGCUCGGUUGGCAUCGCAUGCUUCGUCCCUGAACUCUUCAAACAAAGCACAUUAGGCACCGUCGUUCCGAUUGAAAUUCCUUCGGCAUUGUUGCAAGACGCAAAAAUCAUCUUAUCCCCCACCGAAUACUUUAUAUCAAUCUGA